AUGGCUACUCUCGCACUAGGAUCCACAUUCGGCGUAUUCUACGUCUUCCUAGUCCUCGCAUCCAUUCUGUACGGCGUGUCUUGCGUCCAAGCGUUCCUCUAUUUCACCUCUGCGAGAUCGUCAAGAGAUCAUGGGGCUGUUAAAUUUUUGGUUAUCUGGAUGCUCUUUCUGGAUACAUUCCACGAGGCGUGUCUCAUCCAUUCCGUAUACUGGUACCUCGUUGACAACUGGGGCGUCCCAGAAGGCCUUGGCUUUGCCGUCUGGAGUCUACAGGUCUCGGUCUAUAUCAAUAGCGUGGCCACCUUCACCACACAAUGCAUACAGCUUUUGGAUAUGGAGAUUGUACAGGCUGUGAUCGUGAUGGCGGACCUGAUUGCGGUACGCACAUUCUUCAAUCUUCCGGCUGUCCUGGCUAUCAAACCCUCUCGUACAUACUCCGACUGA